AGUCUUGCCCCUGCCCUGAAUUUGGGCAAAUGACACUAGGACCAAACUCAGCCAUCUGUCGUCACAGACUCCUCCUCGUACUGCUCCACCUCCACCUUAUCCUCUAGACUGUGCGGUGUGCUCCUCCCAAUCGCUCACCACUCACCACUCACCACUAAUAAUCUCUCUUCAUUAAACAUCCUGUUUUCAUCCCACCAUCUGUCCACUUUCCACACAAACCUACCCGACUCUUCCAUUUUCGACUCUGUAACCAGCUUCUUCCAUCACUCAAGUCUCGUUCCCUUACACCUCAUCGUCAUAUCAAUUCAAAAUGUCUUUCCAGGACAAGGCCCAACACCAGAUCUCUCAGAUCGAUAAGGAACUUUCCAAGUACCCUGUCCUCAACAAUUUCGAAAAGCAAACCAGCGUCCCCAAAGUCUAUGCCUUCCUCGGCCUCGUCGGUCUCUACUUCUUCCUAGUCUUCUUCAACAUCGGCGGCGAGUUCCUGGUCAAUUUCGCUGGCUUUGUGCUUCCUGGCUAUUAUUCCCUCGAGGCACUUUUCAGCACCAGCAAGGUUGAUGACACGCAAUGGUUGACAUACUGGGUCGUCUAUGCUUUCUUGACCGUCUUUGAAAGCAUCAUUAAUGCCGUCUACUGGUUCCCCUUCUACUAUGUCUUCAAGUUUGUCCUGAUCCUGUGGAUGGCCCUUCCUGCCACCAACGGUGCACAAAUUGUCUUCCGAUCCUUCAUCCAGCCCGUCUUUGCCCGCUUCUUCUCUGACACCGGUAGCGCUGCCGCUGAAGUCCGAAGCAAGACCGAUGCUGCUUUCAAAAGCCAGUAGACGGCUGAGGGAUUCCUGCAAAGAGUUUGCGAGAGAGUUGAAAGAUAUUACCAACUCUUGACGAUAGCAAACUGAACCUGGUAUCCUACUAGCAAGACAAUUAUCAUGUUCAGGGUCACACUAUCAACAACAUCAGCAGGUCGACGCCAGCCGGGCUAGCAUGGUGGAAUAAGGUGAUUCUGUGUGAUUUAAGUACCUUAGUGGAGCGGAACGAAGAGGGCGGCCUAAGGGGCAGCAAGGGCUACUGAAGACUUGCACCACGAUAGAUUCAUGGAUUUUGGUUGUUCUGAAUUUUUUUGAUGCAUGCGAUGACGAUGAUGACGCGGGGUGACCAGAGUUGAACGUUUCAAAUGACAGGGCAUAUGUCACAGUCCUAGAGCUGGGUCACAAGGGGACGGAGGGGGAGGAAACUGAGACGGCGGUAGUGUAGUGCACGUGAGUAGUAUUGUUACAUGAACAUUGGAACUAUCCCUUUGCCAUGGCGUGA